GAGGAGCGACCCGUCUCAGGAACAUGUUCACGGAUAUUAGAAAGUCCGGGCAGCGUCCUAAUUGGAUUGGAGAGGGCGUUUGGGCUGAUUUGAGUAGUGCUUUGGUGACCCCUGAGUUUGUAAAAAUGAGAGAGCAGAAUAAACAGAACAGAGCCUCUAACUGUAGAGAUUUAGGAAGCUCUCUUCAUACUGGUAGAUCGGUACCUCAUACGGAACAUAGACGGCGACUGAAAGAGUCCCUUGGUCGAGAGCCAACACCACUGGAGUUGCAUACAAGAACUCAUCAACAUCAAGCUGAUCAUCAGUGGGUUGAUGAAAAGGCUAAGAAGGCUCAUGAUGAUUUUGUACGGGCUCGAGAAAGCCGCCAUUCCACUGGCGAGGGAUCAUCUUCAGGAUCAGCCCACACUUCUGAGUAUCAUACUUGGUCUGAUGUUGUAGGUGGAAGACAGAAGGGGAGGAUAUAUGGCUUGAGUUCAUAGGGCUAUGCGUAUGAGGGCAGUUCAU